GCCCACCAACCUUAAAGUGCAAUUAUAUCAAGUGAGUUAAUUAGUUUGGUCACUAAAGAAGACUACUACAUUAGUCUUCCUUCACUUUCUUACUUCCUCAGUGUUUUGCUAAGCCCUUAGUCUCUGUUAAGAGAAGAGUAAAACAUUUUCUCUAUAUUUUGAGUUUUAGAGACGUCAAAAUGACAACUUCAUUUGCCAUGCAAUCCAUGAUUUUGGGAAGUCCAGCCACAAGUUUGUCACAAAGUAAAAAUGGCUUGAAUCAGUUUGCUCCUAGCUGUUACAAGCCACGCCUUCAGAAAAGUUCCCGUCUUCGUGUUAAGUGCAUGUCUGAGGAGAGUGAGAAAUUAGAGCAACCCACAAGCCCUGAUUUUACUGAUGCUGCUGCUACACCCAAGCCAACACCUCCUCCUAUAGCAAAGCCAAAGCCAAGCACCAAUUUCAUCGACGUAUUCUCAUUCAGUGGGCCAGCCCCUGAGAGGAUCAACGGUAGGCUAGCGAUGAUCGGAUUUGUAGCAGCUACGGGUGUAGAACUUGCCAACGGUGCAGAUUUAUCUGCUCAGUUAUCAAGUGGUGGAUUUUCAUGGUUUUUGGGAACAAGUGCUUUGCUAACUUUGGCUUCACUUAUCCCAUUGUUCCAAGGAGUUACUGUUGAAUCCAAAUCUGGUGGGAUAAUGAGUGCUAAUGCUGAGAUUUGGAAUGGAAGAUUUGCAAUGUUGGGAUUAGUUGCUUUAGCCUUUACUGAAUAUGUUAAAGGAGCUGGCCUCUUCCAAGUUUGAAUGUAAAUUCUUUAGCUCAAGUUAAACUUUUUUUAAUUAAUGAUGUAAAGAAUUUAUCGAUGUAAGAUAUCUUCAGUAAUAAGAAUUAUAAUUCAGAUAUAUAGUAGUUAUUUGUGAGUGAA